CGCUCGGCAAUGUGACGUAGGAAGCCAGAGUAUAUAACUGGGCUUAUAGUGUUGUUGAGGCUUUACGUAGCAUAUCAGAUGCCAGUCGCUGUUGGUUCAUGCUCUUUUUUGGCGGUUCGCAGAUGGCGCCCAACGCAUCUGCCGAACAGGCAUGCAUGCGUGUUUCAUCGCUCAUCGAAUCUCAUCAUGACAACCUGGCCGACCGAGUUGCGCCACAGAACGGGAACACGAACAACCGCUCUCUUCGUGCUUUUUGCAUGGGUCGAAACGAGAAGAUGCAUGCCGGUAUUUCUACGCGCUGGUAAACCAACAAACAGGUCAUGUUAUGAGAUCCGGCAUCGCGGAUGUAAUGUCGCACCGAGGAAACAUCGGCAUCCAGUUCAACGUCGCACAACAUGAAGCUUACACGGACGACCGACCCCAUAGUCUCAGAAUCGCCAUCAAUCCUCCCUCCCCCAACCAACCAACCAACACCAGUCAUUUAAAACAGCGCUACACUCUCAGUCGCCCAAGAAUAUUGCAUUUCUUUCAUAUUUUCGUUUCGUGCGCUUGGUCUGAUAAUGUCCGUCUGAUCCGCCUCGGGGACUGGAUCGAACAUCAAAAAAACACCCUUGUUUCACGAUCUGCAGCGCCUCCUCCGGCAGAGCACAGACUCUCUGCAUGGUGAUAUUUUGGGUACCACGAUCCAACAAGCCGAGACGCACUGCGAUCCAACAAGCCGAGACGGCAAGACGCUUGCUGUAGGCGAGAGGGAGGCGGGGAGCUGUCGGGCCCUUUCCCCCAUUCUGGCCGGUUGUGUUGUGACUGGACCGCGCGACGGCCCCGGCCGCCGUUGGGCAUCGUGGCCCGGAUACAUUGUGGCAGUCUCAUGCGGGUUUAACGUUGCUUCGGCACCGUGCAUGAUGGCUUCUCGCAGUUUGAACCAAAAAUGGUUGGUUUCCCCCGGAUGGCAAAUAUGAGGGAAAGAGGAGGAGGGGAGGAGGGCUGGGCUGGUGCCUUCAGACGCUGCUGGCUCAAGCUCCUCCAAGUCGGGGUCGGGGCUCAAGUGCAAGGUGCGCUGACCGAGAGCGAAGUCGGGCACAUAAGAAACUAGACAUAUGUAGCCCACAUAUCUCCUGCCCAGCCAGCCGUGAACGACGGGGUUCGUUUGUUGGGAAAACGUGCGAGCGAGGACCGGGUUGCGCCGCAGCAGGACUGUAGACCGACCCCAGCUCGUACGGCACGACUUCUGUCGACGACAUCAAAAGGAAAAAAAGGAAAAUUAUGAAGAGGGGCACAAUCAUACAGCGGCGGACCGGCAAGGUCUGGGACGAGCUGCCCGACGACUGGGACCCGACGACUGGCGUCCCUCCUCACGGCAGGCUACAACAUAAAGAUGCGAAUCCGAACCCGAUCCCGACGCCGCAGUACCUCAGCGGCGUGCAGGUGCUGAUCGUCCUCACGUCCAUCACGCUAGCCGCGUUCCUGCUGCUCCUUGACUCGACCAUCAUCUCGACCGCGGUCCCGAGCAUCACGUCCGAAUUCCAUUCCCUAAAGGAUGUUGGGUGGUAUGGCGCGGCCUACCAGCUCUCGAGUGCCGCUCUGCAGCCGCUCGUGGGCAAGCUCUUCACGCUCUUCGACAUCAAGGCCGUCUAUCUCGUCUUCUUCUUCAUCUUCGAGGUCGGAUCCGUGGUGUGCGCCGUCGCCGGCGGCUCGUUGGUCCUCAUCCUGGGGAGAGUCAUUGCCGGUCUCGGAGUCGCGGGCAUGUACACUGGCGGCAUGAUCAUUGUCGGGUCGUGUAUCAGGCCCGAAUCGAGAGCACUUUGCACUGGCAUCAUGAUGGGAUGCGGACAGCUCGGCCUCGUCACCGGGCCGCUCAUCGGCGGCGUCUUCACCGAGAGGCUCUCCUGGCGGUGGUGCUUCUACAUCAACCUCCCGCUCGGGGCCCUCAUCUUCGGCGGCACCGCCUUCGUCCGGCUCCCCAACCCGUCCCCCCUGCAGCCCCUGCGCUCCGUCCUCCCGACGCUGCACCGCAGCCUCGACCUCGUGGGCUUCCUGCUCGUCGCGCCCGCCGUGUCCAUCCUGCUCGUCGCGCUGGAAUGGGGCGGCGCCGGCGACUACGCGUGGAGCUCGCCCACGCUCAUCGGCCUCUUCUGGACCUCGGGCGUCCUGGCCGCCGCCUUUGCCGGCUGGAUCUGCUACCGCGGCGACCAGAGGGCCCUCAUCCCGCCGGGGCUGUUCCGGAGCCGCGUCGUCGUCGCCAGCUGCGGCGUCACCCUGGCCGUCAUGGGCGCCAGCUUCGUCUCCACGUACUGGCUGCCCAUCUACUUUCAGACCGUCAGGGGGGAUACCCCGAUCUGGAGCGGCGUGCACCUGCUGCCCAACGUGAUUCCGUCCUUGGUGGUGAGCAUCGUCGUGGGCGCCCUGGUCGGCAAGAUCGGCUACUACCUCCCUUUCGCCGUGGCCGGCGGCACCGUCGUCGCCCUCUCCGGGGCCCUCCUCGCGACGCUCACGCCGUCCUCGCCCCCAGCCGCAUGGGCGGGCUACCAGGUGGCCCUGGGCGUCGGGCGCGGGCUCGCCGUGCAGGCGGGCUACCUGGCCAUGUCGCACGCCGUGCCGGCCGAGACGCUGCCGCUGGCCGUCUCGCUCAUGAUCUUCCUGCAGUACCUCGUCGGGUCCGUGCUGCUGACCCUCGCCCAAGUCGUCUUCACCAGCCAGUUCCGCGCCGAGCUCCCCCGCCGCGCCCCGGGCAUCGACGUCGAGGCCAUCCUCUCGGCCGGCGCGUCGGGCGUGGGCAAGGCCGCCAUCCCUCUCGACAAGCUCGUCGCCGUCAUCGGCGCCUACUCCGCGAGCGUGACCAAGGUGUUUUACCUGACUUCGUUCAUGGGCGUCGUGCUGUUCGUCGCGGCCCUCUUCUCGGGGUGGGUUGACACCAGGAAGAAGACGCCGCCGCCGCCGCUGCUUCUCUUGGAAGAGGAUACGUGUGAGGAGGAGGGAGACGACGACGUGGAGCUCGAGGACUUGGAGGAUCUGACUUGGAGCGAAAAGCUCGACGAAGUAUUUCCACGUCCCAGUUAUAUAUGA